AAAAAUAUGGAUGGAUGCUCAACAACAUAGUUCCAAACUUCUCAGGUUUCCACCACUGUUAUGCGAAUAUCCAAAUUGCAAAUAGUAAUUCCAACCAUUCGUUUUCACACCUUAUUUCCUAAUCAAGCAAACAGUGACUCCCACACUAGUCGCACUCGCCCCGCGCGUCCAGAUCAAAUAUAGACAAAGAAACAUUCAGCCGGCGCUAUCUUGUGCCAAAUAAAUUUUCUCCACCCAACAGUCAGCCAGUUGCGGCUAAGCAUUGAGUCAUGACAGAUCAUCCUCCUGUCGAAUCGAAAAGUGCCAUCCUGAAACCGUACCACCAGAUCACAGCCGUUCUAAAAUGUUGCGGACUCUAUCCGUUGGUAACGGAUCCGGAGAAGCGGUCUCGCCUUCGUUACAAGCUGUUGAAUACACUGGUCAUCCUGGCUGCGGUGGCCAUCUACGGUUACGUGCUGGUGUGCCAUUCCCUGGAGUCGGAAAUCAUCCGACUGAACACCGGUUCGGUCAUCAUCCAGCGGAUGUUGGACAUCUUUCACAUCGCCCAGUACGUGAUGGCCGUUACCGUGCCGGUGUUCGCUUUCCAUACUCUGGAUAAAACGCACCGAAUGCUCCGGGGACUGGAAGAAGCCAACGCCGGGUUCGUAAUGUGCUCCUCUGGUGGGGGAUCGAUUGCGUUUGCAUUCGUCAGGACGGCUAGAGUCGCUCGGCUUCUGCAACUGGCCUCGCUCGGAGUUCCUGUGGCCAGCAUGGCGGUGUGCAUAGUAGUGUGGAAAAUUCGUCGGCUUCAUGUUACCGUGGGAUUUGCGCUUAGACUGACGAAGUUCAUUUGCUUCUGUUCCUACGCCCAGCUGUGUACCCAGCCGACGUUGCUGUUGCUACUGAUCCGGGAUCGAUUUAUGGCCAUCAAUCGGAUGAUAAGAAUGUACUUCCCGACCACCCCAUCAUGCGGAGGAUUUCUGACGACUACGACCCACACCGAAACCGUGAUUUGCAACGAAAAGGAACAACUGGCCGUGCUGAAGCAAAUCAAAAUAUUGCACGAUAAGCUCAAUGAUGUGGUCGAGCUGGUCAAUUACUGCUUCUCGGUGCAGAUAACGUUUUGCGUCGGCCUGUGCUUUGUCAUUGGAGUUGUUUGCUCGUUUGGUCUGUUCCGAGCCUUCAUCUACCGCAACGAGCUGUUCUACAUGGGAGUCCUGAACUUUGUUUGGUACAUGUACUACCUGUUUUUCGUGCUGUUUUUCAUAGCUGUGGGCAGCAAGAUUACUCGGGAGGGAAAACGCAUAGGAGUGCUGGUGCACAAAGCCAUCAAUUGUGCCACGUCAAGUGCUGUAAUUAACGAAUUGAACAUCUUUUCCCAGCAGCUGCUGCACCGCAGCCCAGUAAUUACCUGCGGAUUGUUCGUUUACGAUUGGACCUUGCUCUACACGAUGAUUGGCGCCACGGCAACUUAUCUCAUAAUUUUGAUUCAAUUCGACGUAUCGUUUCCCAACUUGGUGAACGUAAAUGGAACGAACACGGCUACAUCGGGAGUUUAAGGUGACGAAACUAUGAAGCCUCUCGAUACAGGUUUUGAUGAGCCUUGACAUCCAUAUGCAUUUGUCCCAGUAUUGGUACCACUAAUUCCAGUAAAUUGAAUGGAAUCCAGCGAUAGUGAAUGUUCAAAUACUGUGUAUUGUAAUACAUGUAAGCUGAAAUAACAAUCACGAACUUGAAGAGCGUUCAUGUUCUAUGAUUGAAGAGCUUUUGAAAUGGGCCUUCUAGAAACAGUAAAUUGUUUAUACACAAUGUAUUAAAUGUAUGAUCUUAAUAAACUAAUUGCAGUUGUGUCUGCCAUA